GUUAUACAACUAAAAAACAAAAUGGCUGCCAAGAAAGUGAUUGAAGUCAACGAGACAUCAAUUGUGGAUUUGAGGGCUGAACUAUUUCGUAAGGAGCAGCAAUUUCGUCAAGAAAGUGGAACCAAUAAAAUCAAAACUGACAACAAUUCGUCCAAAAAGCCCCCGAUAUGGAGCAAGCCCUCUAAACGUCAAUCUAAAGGACAGUCCACAGCACAAGAUAAUCACCAUGAUAGCGAACCCACAGAAGAAGAAAAGUCUUUGCAAAAAUCAAGAGAAAUGCUGCAAGCGAAAGCAGCUCUUUAUGAGAAAAUGGCAAAAGGCGAAAUAGAAGAUAAUGAAGAUGCUGAUAACGACGGUGGAAGGUUUCUUGUUGACUUCCAUAAAAAAACGUAUGGCAAGACAGCUAAGCCCAAUUAUCAAGAUGAAGAAGACGAAGACAAUGAUAGCCCACCAACCCCGCCACCAUCAUGCCCAGAUGAAGAAUGGGUUGAUUAUGUAGACAGUCUGGGCAGAUCAAGAAGAUGUUUAAGAAAAGACCUCAAACAAUUACAAGACAUGGAAAAAGACAUCAAACCUGCACGAAGUCCCAGUCCWCCUACUUUAUUAUCUGACGACAUGAGAAGAGAAAUAAUGAGAAGGAAAUGGGAACAAGAAGCAGAAGAAGCAAUGAACAGACCUGUKGGACCUGUGCAUUAUCAAAACGUCCAGUUUGAUGAGGUGCGCAACCAUGGUGUUGGAUACUAUCAGUUCUCAAAGUUAGAAGAAGAAAGACAGAAGCAAAUGGAGACAUUGAAUAAGCUGAGAGAAGAGACAAAGGAACAGCGCACAAGGAUUGAAAAAAUAAAGGAUAAAAGAAAGGCCGCWCUAGAAGCAAGAUUGGCUAAAGUACGUGCUCGAAAGAAGUUAAAAACUGGUGAAAGCGUUGACGAAGAAGAUAGCAAGCAAAAUGAUGAACAGAAACCUGAGGAAAAUGACAGAAUAAAUGAAAACRAGAGAGAUGAACKUUUGGACACUAACAAGUUUAAUGAGAAGACAGAUGAAGAAACAGAAACUGGUGUGAAGACUAGUGCAACAAAMACGAUACCUGAGUGGGCUAGACAYAAAAUCAGUAAGUUUUCCUUAGAAAAAUAAUCUCUUCUUGUUCUGAUUGAUUGCUAACUACC